AUGUCUAUCAACUUCACUCCCGAAGCCCGCGAGGCUUACAAGACCGCCCUCCUGGCCACCAAGGCCAAGAUCGAGAAAAAGGCGGCUGCAGCCUCCGUUACUGAUGGCACACCCACUGCUGGCACUGCUGGCACUAUUACCUACAUCAGACACUCUGAUGUAUGGAACGCUGGAAGCUUCUGUAGCCUGCCCAGCGUCAUUUCGUUCUUGUCUCUUGGUUCCGUUACAGCCGAGGAUGCCGCUCCUGUCGGCGGGCAGCAACGUGGCUCUGUUGCCAACAUCCCGGCUGGAACCCGGGCUGUUUUUGCCAACGAGGGCCAAGACCUCCAAGAUGCCGUCGAAGAGUUCCAGAAAGACACCGGGCACCAGGAGGUGCGCUCCGUCACGUUCCGUCUUGUGGCCUAUUGA